CGGUCAGAGGUUUCCGCGUUACCCACCUUAUUACGAGGAGGCGGAGAAAAAUGGGUGAGGUCCGAACACACCCUUUAUCUGCUUGCAGAACCUCACUGUCUGGUGGAAUGCUCUUCCCUCUUUUUGACUCCAAUUUUCACUCCCUCGCUUUGGCCUCGUUCUCCAUUGUCUAGUGGAAAUCAAAUCUGCUUUGAAGUAUUUCUCUCGCUCGCCCACACCACACUCCAAAAAGAGGGAAAAGAAGAAUUAAAGAUUAGCUUUAAAAGAUGAUGGAUCGCUAUUUGAUUUCUUUCGUUGCGGUGCUUUCAUGUCUUCUUGGGGGUUUAGAUGCCAGUGCCGGUGAUGUUGAUCCCCAUUAUAGAGCUUGUGUAAAAACAUGUGAAGAAACUGGAUGCGUUGGUCAAAGAUGCUUUCCAGACUGCAAUUUCUCUAAAGAAGGUGUCUCCAGUGAUGGUCCAUGGUACAUGCAAGAACCCCUUUACUUGCAGUGGAAACAAGGGGAUUGCCAAAGUGAUUGCCGUUACUAUUGUAUGUUUGACAGAGAGAAAGAAAGAGAAGCAUUGGGUGAGGGCCCUGUCAAAUACCAUGGUAAAUGGCCAUUUAAGCGUGUGUAUGGGAUUCAGGAGCCUGUUUCUGUAGCUUUCUCUGCGCUAAAUCUUGCAAUGCAUUUUCAUGGCUGGUUAUCCUUUUUCAUCCUUCUAUACUACAAGUUGCCCCUGAAUAUGAAUAAAAAGGCAUACUAUGAAUUUGCCAGUUUGUGGCAUAUCUAUGGGUUUUUCUCGAUGAACUCCUGGUUCUGGAGUGUUGUUUUCCAUAGUCGAGAUGUGGAAUUGACAGAGAAGCUGGACUACUCUUCUGCAGUGGCAUUACUUGGGUACUCCCUUAUUCUGGCCAUCCUAAGAAGUUUCAAUGUGAGGAAUGAGGCUACCAGAGUCAUGGUUUCUGCUCCACUGCUCGCUUUUGUGACCACCCACAUAUUGUACCUGAACUUUUAUAAACUAGAUUACGGGUGGAACAUGAAAGUUUGUGUUUUCAUGGGGGUGACCCAGCUUCUCCUAUGGGCAAUAUGGGCUGGUGUCACACGACAUCCUUCUCGCUGGAAGUUGUGGGUGGUGGUUGUAGGUGGUGGCCUUGCAAUGCUCCUAGAAAUCUUUGAUUUCCCUCCAUAUCAAGGGUUUAUGGAUGCUCAUGCUCUUUGGCAUGCCACUACUAUUCCCCUAACCUAUAUUUGGUGGAGUUUCAUCCGAGACGAUGCUGAGUUUCGAACCUCUACCCUGCAUAAAAAGGCAAAAUAGUUUGUUUUAAACCGGCAAAACCUUGUAAUGCUUCGGCCAUGAUUGAGGCCUUGUCUCCGUUAAUGUUACUUUGUUCCACCUUUAAAGAGGAUGCUUGUCUUGAAAUCAUACCCAGCUGAAAACUCAUUUUUAUUUGUUGGGAUUAGUCCGUAUAAUGGAACAUGAAGUUGAGCAGGGUAGUGAUUCAAUUA